AUGGAUGUCACCUCAUCCACCGGCGUGAGGUGGACGUUCGGAAUCGACUCUGACGUCCCGCCCCCGGAGCAUCGCAUCUCGGUGGGGUUUAGUCAAAUAAAACGUGCUUUUUUCACGGAUCUGAUGGGUUCAAUGGAAGGGAACGAAGAUUGGUCGCAGGGCAUCGCAGUCUCGCAAAGCCCGAGCGCGGAGGGGUCGUCAAAAAAGUUUUCCAUCCCCUCGGAUGAUAGUGAUGUGGAUGGCACUAUUCAGUCGAGUGAGUUGGACUCCGACACCGAGAUUGUGAAUGCAGAGGUGUCACCAUUGCUGGAAGUCACAGCGGUGCCGCUGUUGCCGGCCUCACGUAGAAGGAUUGUGAGGCAGUACAGUGUGGUGGCUCUAAGUGCGCUGGGAGGCGCCCUUCUUGUGGGCCUUUUGAAACGCGGCAUCGGCUCCGUUAUUCGCACUCUUGUGAGCGGUCUAGCUAUGACACAGCUGCUUCACUUGAUGGGCUACGCAGAUGUCCGGUGGAAACGGCUACUAAGCGAUUUGUGGAGUGUUUCUGAAUACAAACCAACGAGCAGCCCAUUCCGUGCGGCAAUUGCCGUGAUUGCCGGCUCUAUUGAACGCAAAAUUGCGUUUUUCUGUGGCAUGGCUGCCGGUGUGUUUCUUUCCUAG